AUCAGCCCCUGGACUGCAGCACCAUGGACAGCUCAGGUGCCUCAUCUCCUGACAUGGAGUCUAGCUAUGGGGGUGGCCUACUGGAUAUGGUGAAAGGAGGAGCAGGGAGACUCUUCAGCAAUUUAAAGGAUAAUCUGAAGGAUACUCUUAAAGAUACUUCUACUAAAGUUAUGCAAUCUGUUGCAAGCUACACCAAGGGAGAGCUAGAUAUUUCUUAUAUUACCUCAAGAAUUAUUGUGAUGUCAUUUCCUGGUGAAGGUGUUGAACUAGGAUUUAGAAAUCAUAUAGAUGAUGUACGGACGUUCUUGGAUUCAAGACAUCCCGAUCACUACACAGUUUUCAAUUUAUCACCGAAGUCUUAUCGUACAACCAGGUUUCAUAAUAGGGUAUCUGAAUGUAGUUGGCCAGUUAGACAAGCCCCAAGUCUCCACAACCUCUAUGCUGUAUGUAAGAAUAUGCACAACUGGUUGCAACAAAACCCUAAAAAUGUUUGUGUCAUCCACUGUAUGGUAAGUCAGGCAGAUGGUCGUGUAGCAUCAGCAGUCCUGGUCAGUGCAAUGUUCUGUUUCUGUCAUCUCUUCUCUAAUCCAGCUCCUGCUAUUCAAUUGCUAAAUUCAAAGAGGCCAGGAAUCGUGCUCUGGCCAUCCCACAGAAGGUACAUAGGAUACAUUUGUGAUCUAGCUGCAGACAAGCCCAUUCAACCUCACUGCAAGCCUCUAACGAUCAAAUCCAUCCUCCUUAGUCCAGUACCUUGUUUCAACAAGCAAAGAAAUGGUUGCCGGCCUUUCUGUGAUAUUCUUAUUGGAGAAACUAGAAUCUUUACCACCUCACAAGAAUAUGAAAGAAUGAAGGAAUUCCGUGUCCAAGAAGGAAAAGUUAUAAUUCCAUUAGGAGUCACAGUCCAUGGUGAUGUGGUUGUUUCCAUCUAUCACAUGCGAUCAACAAUUGGGGGAAGGCUUCAAGCUAAAAUGACAAACACACAGAUAUUCCAGAUUCAGUUCCACACUGGAUUCAUAGCCCUAGGAACAACAUUGUUAAAAUUUACUAAACCUGAACUGGACGCAUGUGAUUCACCAGAAAAAUAUCCCCAGUUGUUUCAUGUUCUGCUGGAGAUAGAAAUAGAUUCUACUGACAGACAGACAGACCUGACUCCUCCAUGGGAGAACUUCACAACGAAAGAUAUCAACCCAAGCAUUCUUUUCUCAUCGCACCAGGAGCAGCAGGACACCGUUGCCCUGGCAGGCAGAGAUUCUGGAGAUGCACCACAAGACAACCUAAAGACUGCUGGACAGGGGGCAUUCUUGUCAUCUCUCAGUUGGCAAGAUCAAAAGCCAGAGAGAAGCAGCUCCCACCCUAGCUCUGAGGACCGGGCAGCAUUGGUGCAUGAAGAAAGUGAGCAGUCAGAUGAUGAACUCUUAUCCCUCUCCAGUCAGCACAGUAACACCAGCACAGAGAAGAUCCAUGGGCCACCAAAGCACAGCAAGAAGCAUCAAGAGCCACCAGCCCCACCACCUCCAGAGGAGGUGGAUCUUUUAGGUUUGGAUGGCAGUCCUAUGACCAAGAAUUUCUCAGCAGCACCUACUGCACCACCUUCUAAUUCAGACUUGCUGAGUGAUCUUUUUGGGGUUGGCAGUACUGGAGGACCAAGCCAAGCGGGACAGACAGGAGCUGAGGAUGUCUUUCAGAUGGGUGGAAGUGGGUCUGCUCAUUCCACACCACGACGGUCAGCAGCAUCAGCAUCUCCAUCUUUGUCCCCAAGGGUAGGAGAAGCAACUGCCUUUGACCCAUUUGGAAACAGUCCCAAGAAGCCUGCCCCAGAUCUCCUAGGUUCUUUUCUUAGUUCAUCAAAUACCACAGCAGAUCCCUUUCUUCAAGCAGCAAGGAGUCCUUCACCAACAGUACAAGGAGACCCUUUUAAUAUAGGUACUUCUAGUACACCAAGUGUUUCCAUUCAGCCAGAUGUUUCAGGGGACUGGGAAUGGCCUGGCAAAUCAGGUGGCCUAGGUAAGGGGAGCAAAUCAGCUGCUACCAGCCCUACAGGAUCAGUGCAUAGCACUCCUACGCAUCAAGCCAAACCACAAAGCCUGGAUCCUUUUGCUGACUUGGGGGCUCUUGGAGCCAAUCUAGCAGGUUGUCCUUCUUUUGCCAGCAAGCCCAGUACACCUACAGGACUAGGUGGAGGUUUUCCUCCUAUGGGAUCACCCCAGAAACCCUCUCCUCAGCCGAUGGGUGGUGGCAUAUGGCAACAGGGCACUGGAUACCCCUGGCCACAAUCACAGACCAAGCCCCAACAAAGCAUGCCACAUUCCUCUCCACAAAACAGGCCUAACUACAAUGUGAGCUUUUCUUCAGUGCCCGGUGGCCAAAAUGAACGUGGAAAAGUAUCAGGAAGUUCUGAUUCCAAACCCAAAGUUUCUGCUGAUUUUGAGGACCUUUUAUCUGGACAAGGUUUUAAUGCCCAUAAAGACAAAAAGGGUCCAAGAACAAUAGCAGAAAUGCGGAAAGAAGAAAUGGCCAAGGAGAUGGACCCUGAAAAGUUAAAAAUCCUUGAAUGGAUUGAAGGAAAGGAGAGAAACAUAAGAGCAUUGUUAUCCACAAUGCAUACGGUGCUAUGGGAAGGGGAAACAAAAUGGAAACCAGUCAGCAUGGCAGACCUUGUAACUCCGGAACAAGUAAAAAAGGUUUAUCGGAAAGCAGUACUUGUUGUUCAUCCCGAUAAAGCUACAGGACAGCCAUAUGAACAAUAUGCAAAGAUGAUUUUUAUGGAGCUCAAUGACGCCUGGUCAGAAUUUGAAAACCAAGGCCAAAAGCCCUUGUAUUAGCCCAUCUUCUCAGACAUUGCUGUAGACCCGUGCUAGUGCUCGUAUAGUUCCUUGCCACAAGAUUUUCACAGCUGAACUGGUUAUCUGGCUGGAAGUGUGAACAUGAGAAAACUAGCCCAAAUGUUAAAACCUUUCCUUGCGGAAAGGGGGAAAAAUAUGGAGGCUGCUAUUUAUGUAUGCCAUGAAUUACAGUUACAAAGUGGGAGCUCUUGGGAUUAACCUAUUAGCGUUCUUUCAGGUUUAAACAGGGUAGGUAAGGAGGCGUUCUCGCAAAAUGGGAUUGUUUGUCUUGAAAUGUGAAGUGAAAUGGACAAUGUUCUCUUCCUUUUGGACUCAGCACCAUUAGGGACAUGGCUUUGUCUGGAAAGUUUGUAUCCAGGACAAACUUUCUCAGAAGGAAAGGAUGUUUGUUCAGAUCCAGCUUUUAUCUGUACACUAUCUGUCAUAAUAAUUUGACCCUUCAAUUACGUCAUGGAGUAUGUUUUUGAAUCUAACAGCUAAGCAACUGGUUGUAUUCUCUGGCAACUUACUGCUGCCUUAAGCAUAGUACUGUAUUUUAUGUUUCAGACAAGCAGGUAACAUACAUUUUACACUAAUGUACAAUUGGGGAGAGUUUCCUUAAAUGAUUCUGUUAUGCAGGCAGAAGCCUAUUUGAAAGCGAUACCUACAUCAACAGAACAGAGUUGACUGCUGAGCGUUUGAAAAAGUAAAUGUGUGAAUCAAUAUCUUGCAAAAGCUUUAAAAAAUUCCCAGCUAAAGUAAUGCCCUACACCUAUAAUGCCCUGCACUCUAAACACAGGUGACUCCUUUCUUUCCUUAUGAAGUGAUUCCUACCUAACUUAUUCAGUUUGUUUAAAUGCAAUCAAAUAUCCAGUGUCCCCCAAAGCAUUUGUGAACGCAAGCUGAUGUUACUGUAGGUAAUUAAUGACAUUAAUUUAACAAAAUAAAAAAACACACUUACCUUGAAAAGAUACACUGGCCCGGUAAGCAAUAAUUUUGAUAUAUUCACAUGGCGGUAUCCAUAAAGGUAAAAUAAAAGUAUAUCCUGCCUCAUCUUCUCACAAAACUAAUUUUACAUACCAUUUUGCAAUGUUUCUCCUUUAGCAGAGAAAUUUGUAAAUGCAGUUUUAUUUACUGAUAUUCUCUGAAUGAAACUCAGUGUCUCAGGCAUGAAAAGGAUUACUAUUACGUACUCUUUCCCCUUCUGGCAGUUGACAUGAAGUCAACAUGCACUCAUAGUCAUGUAGGGUGGGGUUGUCUUUUAGGAAGGCCACUAAGAUUAAGGUGAGGAUGGUUUUAAAAACAAGGUAUUUUCCAUAUGCUUGAAGGCAUGAUGGCACUGGAGUCCCAUCACAGAAUCGAUCCCAUUAUGCAUCCUGUUUCCUGAUGGAGUUAUUUAAUGGUAGAUGCAAAAGCCACUGUGUGAUGGGGGAAAAUGGUCAUUGAUAUUUUCACUAGGUAGCUAGUGGAUGGGUAGAAAAGUUUCCACAUGCGUUCUUAAAGGGAGAAAUAUCUAAGUGAUGUGAAAAUCUUUUGUCAAAUUGAUGUUUUUUAAGACAAUCUGUUUUUCUGUUGUCCUUUUCUAGCGAGAAAAACCCUUUCUCCAGAUACAGCAUGUCAACCAGCCUACAUUUAUUUUUAUAUUUAAAUGCCAUCUUUUUGUUGUAUUGAUCCUUUAUUUAUUGCCAUUUACUGCCGAUGUGGAACAAAACACCAAGCUCUCCUUUUUAUAUUAUAAAAACAUUAAGAUGUUUCAACAGCUAUAACAAACUGGAUGUUAUUUAUUAACAUAUU